CGAACUCGAUGGGCCAAUGCCCCUUUGCCAUGCCGUAUAGCUGCUACUGAAGGCUUGCUGCAACGUUUUCUGGUUCUGGAGUAGCUUGGCUUCGUUUGUAGCGAAUUUGGGAUUCGAGGUCGAACUGUCGACAUCUGAGAAAUCGAGCUGUGGUUUCGAACGAAUGCCGACACGAUAGAAGGCGCGCCCCCUCACCCCACCACCCCUUGAAGUUGCGACAAGAGACAUCCCAAGUCUAGUCAAGAUGGCGUCUUCUUCUACGACUAGCUUUCUGGGCCGGUCUAGCAGUAGCAAUGCGAACAUGCGCGGCCUGGUGCAGUUCAUUGCGGACCUGCGGAACGCCCGCGCCCGCGAGCUCGAGGAGAAGCGCAUCAACAAGGAAUUGGCCAAUAUCCGCCAAAAAUUCAAAGACGGUAACCUGAGCGGAUAUCACAAGAAGAAAUACGUUUGCAAGCUUUUGUACAUCUACAUUUUGGGAUGGAACGUCGACUUUGGCCACCUCGAGGCCGUCAACCUGAUUUCGGCAAACAAGUACUCGGAGAAGCAAAUCGGCUACCUGGCCAUGACUCUCUUCCUGCAUGAAAAGCACGAGCUUUUGCAUCUCGUGGUCAACAGUAUACGCAAGGACCUUUUGGACCACAAUGAACUCUUCAACUGCCUUGCGCUGCACGCGAUUGCCAACGUUGGCAGCCGAGAAAUGGGCGAGGCGCUGAGCGGCGAGGUCCACAGGCUCUUAAUCUCACCGACAUCCAAGGCCUUUGUGAAAAAGAAGGCCGCCCUCACACUGCUCCGCCUGUACCGGAAACAUACAGACAUUAUCCAGCCCCAAUGGGCAGAGCGGAUAAUAUCUUUAAUGGACGACGUCGACUUGGGUGUGGCGAUAUCCGUGACCUCUCUUGUCAUGGCACUGGCUCAGGACAACCUCGAGCAGUACAAGGGCGCGUAUGCCAAGGCUGCCGCCCGGAUGAAGCGGAUUCUAAUCGACGGCGAGUGCGGCCCUGACUAUCUGUACUACAAGGUUCCAUGUCCCUGGAUUCAAGUGAAGCUUCUGCGGCUGCUGCAGUACUUCCCCCCAUCAGAUGAUAGUCAUGUCCGGGGGAUGAUCCGCGAGUCACUCCAAAAGAUACUUAACCUAGCUCUCGAGACAAAUAAGAAUGUGCAGCAAAACAAUGCUCAGAACGCCGUUCUAUUUGAGGCUAUUAACCUCAUUAUCCAUCUCGAUACGGAACAGGCGUUGAUGAAGCAGAUCUCGUCACGACUGGGUCGCUUCAUCCAGUCGAGGGAGACCAAUGUUCGAUACCUGGGACUGGAGGCUAUGACCCAUCUAGCAGCCCGCACCGACACCCUCGACCCUAUCAAGCAGCACCAAGACGUCAUUCUGGGGUCCCUCAAGGACAGAGACAUCAGCGUCCGCCGAAAGGGACUGGACUUGCUUUAUAGCAUGUGCGACUCUACUAAUGCGCGGGUUAUUGUUGGCGAGUUGCUGCACUACUUGCAGAAUGCUGACUUUGCUAUUCGGGAAGAAAUGGUGCUCAAGAUAGCCAUUCUGACGGAGAAGUACGCCACGGACGUGCAGUGGUAUGUCGACAUCUCUCUGCGCCUUAUAGCCAUGGCAGGAGACCAUGUCAGCGAUGAGGUGUGGCAGCGAGUGAUCCAGAUUGUCACAAACAACGAAGAACUGCAGGUGUACGCUGCCCAGAACAUCCUCCAGUACGCGAAGCAGGACCACUGCCACGAGACGCUGGUCAAGAUCGGCGCCUACAUUAUCGGAGAGUUUGGUCAUCUCAUCGCGGAAGAGCAAGGCUGCAGCCCGAUUGAGCAGUUCCUCGCGCUCCAGGGCAAGCUGGCGGCCUGCUCAUCAAGCACACGGGCCAUGAUCUUGUCGUGCUUCAUAAAAUUUGUCAAUCUCUUCCCCGAGAUCAAGCCUCAGCUCAUCGGCGUGUUCAAUGUCUACAGCCACACGCUCGACUCGGAGCUCCAACAGCGGGCAUGUGAGUAUCUAACCCUGGCGAGCCUUCCCACGGAUGACCUGCUUCGGGCAAUUUGCGACGAGAUGCCCCCCUUCCCCGAGCGCCAGUCAGCGCUGCUUUCCAGGUUGCACCAGAAACACGCCAACACGAGCGACAAGCGGACCUGGGUUGUUGGUGGGAAAGACGCCAACGCGGACAAGACGGAGCUCACCAUGGUCAAAAACCCGGGUCUUAGGAGGACCUUUAGCACCAAUGGGCAGAGAGGUGGGGAUGGACAGGCCAACGGCAAGCCGAAUGGGGCCAAUGGUCACUCGUCAGUGUCCGACCUUCUUGGUCUCGACAUGAACAACCUUGGGCCGGCAGAGGCGAAGGCGCUCAAGCCGCUUCCUAACCUGGCGAGUGCUGCUCACUUGUCGCCCGGUUGGGAGAAGGGCUUCACCCGGCUGCUUCUCAAAGCCGACGGUGUUCUCUUCGAGGACGGGCAGCUGCAGGUCGGUGUUCGCUCCGAGUACCGGGGGGAGAUGGCCUGCCUGAUUAUGUACUUCACCAACAAAACCCCGGCCCUCGUCAGCUCUUUUACCACGACUCUAGACCUAGACGAAUCGGAGAAACCGAACCUGUCAUGGGACGUCAAGGGGCUGCCCGAUACCACCAUCGCUCAGGGAGCCCAAGGUCAGCAAGUGGUUGUUUUUGAGGCCAAGAAGGUGUUCGAGAAGAGCCCGACCAUCCGGAUCAGCUACCUCGCGGGCGCACUCCAGGCCCUGACACUCAAGCUCCCCAUAUCCAUCCACAAGUUCAUGGACCCGGCUGAACUGUCAGCCGAAGACUUCUUUAAGCGGUGGAAGCAGAUCGGCGGUGCUCCCCGGGAAGCGCAGGAGGUCUUUGGGCUAUCAGGGUCCAAAGACAGCGGGAGGGAGCUCAAUGACGCCUUCGUGAGGGGUGUUCUCGAGGGCUUCAGGUGGGGUCUUUUGCAUGGGGUUGACCCCAACCAGAAGAACUUCGUUGGAGCCAGCGUUGUCCAUACCUCUGGAGCUGGUAAAUUCGGUUGCCUACUGAGGCUGGAGCCGAACUAUGGCAGCCAGAUGAUCCGGCUGACUAUCAGAGCAACGGACGACACCCUGCCGCCAGUGCUCUUGAAGCUGAUGGUAGAGAGGCUUUCGGUGGGUCUGUCGACAACACCGGAGAAGUUCUCGGCCCCAACGGCAAGCGAGAUUACGGACUCGUUUAGGAACAUAAUGGUUAGGUGAGACUAGAAGAAUAAGUUGGAGGACGAAAAUGGGGCGCGUUGGAAUAGCCAGUAUUGAUGGAGAGAGUGAGCCCUAUUGCUUUCGGUCGCCGUACUUUUGGCAUCUAGGGGCCGUGGUUUAAUU